AAAGUAGUUGGGGGUGGACUCCUGGCAGGAUUUCCGUUACUCCUAUGGUGGACUACAUAUCCCAAGAAGCUGAGGGCCCAGGACGCGUGUCCACUCUGACCCACUCAUCCACUAGCAGAAGACCUUACUAAGACUGGUCACAGCGCAGGCCAAUCCUUCUCCGCUCACCUUGGCUAGAACCUGCGACGGAUUCGUUCCCAAAGUGAUGCUCUAGUGGCAAGAGUAAUACAAGUUUGUCAUUGUCCGGAGAAAGAGGAGCCUGCAAUUCUUACCAGGUUCAGCAGAACGAGUGGCAUCCUUCUCCUGGACAUGCCACCGCUCCGGUUGUGACAUUCUUGGGCACAGCGUAGUCCCACGAGCGGACCCCGCACGUCAAGCGACACUUUAGGGACCUUGACUGCUGCUAGGACUGACCACCGUACUCUUACCUACCCAGGCUAGCUCCGUCCACUUAGCACGUUUGCAUUCAUUCGUGGAUCUUCCUAGACUCGGUCUUGUAAAUGUUCAGCAUUUCGCUGCUUUCCUGCCUUUUUCUGGGGACUGUGCCAGCACUUGCCCAGACCGGCGGAGAGGGGAGGCUGAGCCCAGAGAAGAGCGAAAUAUGGGGACCCGGGCUAAAAGCACACGUGGUCCUUCCUGCCCGCUAUUUCUACAUUCGGGCGGUGGAUACCUCAGGGGAACAGUUUACAUCUUCUCCAGGCGAAAAUGUGUUCCAGGUUAAAAUCUCAGCACCUGACGAGCAGUUCACUAGAGUUGGUGUCCAGGUUUUAGAUCGAAAGGAUGGGUCCUUCAUAGUAAGAUAUAGAAUGUAUGCAAGCUACAGAAAUCUGAAGAUAGAGGUCAGACACCAUGGGCAACAUGUCGCCAAGUCUCCUUAUAUUUUAAGAGGACCAGUUUACCAUGAGAACUGUGAUUGCCCUUUGGAAGACAGUGCAGCCUGGCUACGGGAGAUGAACUGUCCAGAAACUAUCACUCAGAUUCAGAAAGAUCUGGCACAUUUCCCUACUGUUGAUCCUGAAAAGAUUGCAGCAGAAAUCCCAAAACGAUUUGGACAGAGGCAAAGCCUGUGUCACUAUACUGUAAAGGACAAUAAGAUUUAUAUCAAGACUCAUGGUGAGCAUGUUGGCUUUAGGAUUUUCAUGGAUGCAAUACUACUUUCAUUGACUAGAAAGGUGAGGAUGCCAGAUGUGGAAUUUUUUGUUAAUUUGGGAGACUGGCCUUUGGAAAAAAAGAAAUCCAACUCCAACAUUCAGCCGAUCUUUUCCUGGUGUGGCUCCACAGAGUCCAGGGAUAUUGUGAUGCCUACGUACGACCUGACUGACUCUGUUCUAGAAACCAUGGGCCGAGUAAGUCUGGAUAUGAUGUCCGUGCAAGCUAACACAGGGCCGCCCUGGGAGAGUAAGAAUUCCACAGCUGUCUGGAGGGGCCGAGACAGCCGCAAAGAGAGACUAGAGCUGGUAAAACUUAGCAGGAAACAUCCAGAGCUCAUCGAUGCCGCUUUCACCAAUUUCUUCUUCUUUAAACACGAUGAAAGCCUGUAUGGGCCCAUUGUGAAACACAUUUCAUUUUUUGAUUUCUUCAAGCACAAGUAUCAGAUAAAUAUUGAUGGCACUGUGGCAGCAUACCGACUGCCCUAUCUACUGGUGGGUGAUAGUGUAGUCCUGAAGCAGGACUCCAUCUACUAUGAACAUUUUUACAAUGAGCUGCAGCCCUGGAAACACUACAUUCCAGUCAAAAGCAACCUAAGUGAUCUGCUGGAAAAGCUCAAAUGGGCAAAAGACCAUGAUGCAGAGGCAAAGAAGAUAGCAAAAGCAGGACAAGAAUUUGCAAGAAAUAAUCUAAUGGGUGAUGAUAUAUUCUGUUAUUACUUUAAACUGUUCCAGGGCUAUGCCAAUUUACAAGUGAGUGAGCCCCAAAUUCGAGAGGGUAUGAAGAAGGUAGUGCCACAGUCUGAGGAUGACCUCUUCCCUUGUACAUGCCAUAGGAGAAAGGCCAAAGAUGAAUUCUGAUAUGCAAAAUAUCUUCUGUUCAAAUGAUGGUGCUCUUGAAGACACUUUAGUAUAAAGAUUAUUUUUAAGUAUGUUUCACAGACAAUGUAAAAUUUACAUGUGACCAUUCACGUUUUCACAGUAUUUCUUCUUAUGCAGUGUUCUCAGACUGUCGUUUUACAUCACGUUUUAAAAUUUUUAUAAUAAAACUGCCUUUAUUUUAAGAGUC